AUAUAAUGCAAAACGAAAGAAAAUCAUGUAGGCCAAAAAACCUUGUCUGGAGAGUGGAGACCCAGUUGACUAUGGGCAUAAGAGAAAUUGAAGUGGCCGGCCAGAGGUUAACUAUACACGAACUCGACGACCUGUGCGACUCCAGCACUGGUCGCCCAUUAACCGGGUCAUGGCUCUGGGACUCCGCCUUGGUGCUCUCACAGUGGCUCGCUACUUCUCCGCUAGACUUCCGCGGCAAGUCCGUCCUUGUGCUGGGCGCCGGCACCUGCCUUCCGGGCUUGACGGCCGCUCGCCUUGGCGCUCGCCUAGUUGUCCUCACCGACGUCGCUCCUUUACUUCCCAGCUUGCUAAGGAACGUUGAGGCAAACGAGUUGGGUAACCAGGUGGAGGUGAGGGAGCUGGUUUGGGGGUCGGACGAGUCAUUGAGUCAAAUAGGAGAUUUGGGGGAGUUCGACGUCGUUUUGAUGAGCGACGUGUUUUUCGAUCCAGAGCAAAUGGGGGCGCUGGGAAGUACAUUGAAGAGAGUGUGCGGGGAAAGGAGUAGAGUUUGGGCGGCGAGUGAAGUGAGACCUUGGACCGGUGAGUGUUUGAACGAGUUGGUGAGUCAGGGUUUUGGAGUAGUGGAGUUGCCGAGUGGAAGCCGUGGUGGUGAUUCGGAAGCUGACGUUGGACAGGAAGUCUUCGCCGUUUAUCAUCUGAUUCCACCGACUGGAGAGAAGUGCCACGUUGGAGACAUUUUGGCUUAAUUAACGGGUCCCAAUCUGUGAAUGUAAGCAAAGUUUCUGAAAUGUGUCGUUUCAUUUCAAACAAACCAAGUGUACCUUUUUUUUUUUUAAUAAUAUCGAUUGGAAUA